UGUUCUCCGCUUAUCCUCUUCCUCUUCUUCUUCCUCAAACCCGCAAAACCCCAAGCCCCGAGCUCACACACCACCACCACCGCCAUCGCCAUGGCGCCACCUGCCAUGGCCUUCCAAGCUCUCGCUCUCGGCCCCCUCCCCCUCCCCCUCCCCGCGGCGCGUCGCCGCCGCCGCGUGCGAGUCCUCGCCGUGGCCGCAGACCACACCCCGCCGCCGCCGCCGUCGCCGUCCUCCCCUCCCGAGCCGGCGAACAGCCCGAGCCGGCUCCUCCGUGAGCUCGCGGAGCGGAAGAAGGCCGUGUCCCCGAAGAAGAAGCACCCGCCGCGGCGCUUCAUCCUGAAGCCGCCGCUCGACGACGAGCGCCUCACCCAGCGGUUCCUCAGCAGCCCGCAGCUGUCGCUCAAGGCGCUCCCGCUGCUAUCCUCCUGCCUCCCGUCGGCGCCGCUCUCCGCCGCAGACCGGACAUGGAUGGACGAGUACCUCCUCGAGGCCAAGCAGGCGCUGGGCUACCCGCUCGCCCCCUCCGAGACGCUCGGGGACGGCGACGACGACGGCUGCCCCGCGCGGCACUUCGACGUGCUGCUCUACCUCGCGUUCCAGCACCUGGACACGUCCUGCGAGCGCACGCGGACGCGGCACGUCCGGAGUGGCCACUCCAGGCUCUGGUUCCUGGGCCAGUACGUCCUGGAGCUCGCGUUCUGCGAGUUCUUCCUGCAGAGGUACCCCCGGGAAUCCCCCGGGCCGAUGCGGGAGCGGGUGUUCGCGCUGAUCGGGAAGAGAGCGAUUCCCAAGUGGAUCAAGGCAGCUAGCCUUCACAAUUUGGUGUUCCCUUAUGACGAUUUGGAUAAGAUGAUUCGGAAGGACCGGGAGCCACCAGCAAAGGCUGUAUUCUGGGCACUGUUUGGAGCUAUAUAUUUGUGCUUUGGAAUGCCUGAAGUCUACCGUGUUCUUUUUGAGGCGUUUGGCAUGGACCCUGAAGAUGAGAGCUGCCAGCCAAAGCUGCGGCGCCAACUAGAAGAUGUUGACUAUGUAUCAGUGGAGUUUGAAAAGAGACAACUCACAUGGCAAGAUGUUGCUGCCUAUCGGCCACCACCAGAUGCCCUCUUUGCUCACCCUAGGCUAUUUCGAGCAUGCGUGCCACCAGGCAUGCAUCGUUUCAGAGGAAAUAUUUGGGAUUUUGACAAUAGACCCAAGGUCAUGAACACACUGGGAUAUCCAUUGCCUAUGAAUGAUAGAAUUCCAGAAAUCACAGAAGCAAGGAACAUAGAGCUUGGACUUGGUCUUCAGUUGUGCUUCUUGCAUCCCUCAAAGCAUAAGUUUGAGCAUCCAAGAUUUUGUUUAGAACGCCUGGAGUAUGUUGGACAGAAAAUUCAGGAUCUAGUGAUGGCGGAGAGGCUGCUCAUGAAGCAUCUCGAUGCACCCGGUAGGUGGUUGGCAGAGAAGCAUCGGAGGUUGCUAAUGAACAAAUACUGCGGACGAUACCUCCGGGACAAGCACCUGCACCACUACAUUAUCUACGGGGAGUCGGUGCAAGACAGAUUUGAACACAACCGCCGGCUGAGAAAUCCUUCCACGACCGCCGUCCAGCAAGCAAUACACGGCCUUGCUUACUGCGUCUAUGGCAAACCGGAUGUAAGGCGAUUGAUGUUCGAGGUGUUUGACUUCGAACAGGUCCAGCCAAAAGCAGUAUGAGGGUGGUCACAAAACCUGUGCUUGUGCUGAGCUGCUGAUACGCUGACAUUACCGGCGUUUGAAAGCUGAAAUGCUUCAGUGUUGUGACCUGUGAACAGAUCCAAGCGCAGACAGUUCUGAGUCUGAUCCCCGAAGUCGAAAAGCAGGUUAACACACGUAACUCAUGCACCCUCGUUUCUACGAGAUGAACUGGAUUAGAGAUGUUGUAAAUCGAACGCUGUUGUUUUCUGAAUUUACAGUUUUGACGAUUUGAUGUAAAUUUCCAUUUGAGCAGAAAAUGCAAGCAGCAUCAGAGACAAAAAACAGCAUAGGAAGAAUUUUUCCUGUGAAACAUGCUUGUAAAGGAGUUUGUAAUAGAUCUGCAGAACAUCUUUGCAACCAAUGAUACAAGCAGCUUCAUCUUUUACA